GCUGUAGUUGACGACAGUGGGGGAUCAAGGGGGAGGAGCAGGAUGGGGGCUUCCACUGAGUAUUUCUUUAGGGGGUCUCAGAAGCCCUGCAGUCUCAUUCCUGUUUAGCUCGGACCCUGCUUUUUAGAUACAACUGGGAGCUUCAUCAGAAACAAAGUGAAGAUGCCAGAGCCUGCAAAGAAAACAGUUUCUGCAUUUACCAAGAAGCCGAAGACAACAGAGGUGACAGCCGGAAGCACAGCUGUGUUUGAAGCAGAGACAGAAAAAGCUGGCAUCAAGGUGAAGUGGCAGCGAGCUGGCACAGAAAUUACUGAAAGUGAGAAAUAUAUCAUCAAGGCAGAAGGAAACAAGCAUUCACUGACAAUUAAUAACAUAGGAAAAGAAGAUGAUGUGACAUAUGCUGUAAUAGCUGGAAGUUCUAAGGUCAAAUUUGAACUCAAGGUCAAGGAACCAGAAAAGAGUGAGACAGUCACUCCUGCUGAAGCUGCUCCAGCCCCAGCUGCCUCAGAGUCACCUGCUCCACCAGUAGAAAGCAGCCAAAACACAGAAGCUGCAUCUGCUGGGACUCAACCAAAAGAGCCUCUGGACCCUAUUGGGCUCUUUGUGACACGACCCCAGGAUGGAGAAGUUACUGUUGGUGGAAACAUCACGUUCACUGCCAUAGUGGCAGGUGAGAGCCUGCUGAAGAAGCCGUCAGUGAAAUGGUUCAAAGGAAAGUGGAUGGACCUGGGAAGCAAAGUGGGGAAACAUCUCCAGCUACAUGACAAUUAUGAUCGAAAUAAUAAGGUGUACACCUUUGAAAUGGAAAUCAUAGAAGCAAACAUGACUUUUGCAGGAGGGUACAGAUGUGAGGUGUCUACCAAGGACAAGUUUGAUAGUUCGAAUUUCAACCUGACAGUCAAUGAAGCACCAAUAACUGGAGACUUAGAUAUUCGCGCUGCCUUCCGACGCACGAGCCUGGCAGGAGGGGGGAGACGGAUGACUUCAGCCUUUCUCAGUACCGAGGGACAUGAAGAAGGUGGAGAGUUUAAUUUUAGUGCCUUACUGAAAAAGAGCAGCUUCUUGCGCUCAGUAAAUCGAGGUGAAGCAAAAUCUGAAUCACAAUCUGAUGUUGAUGUCUGGGAAAUCCUGAGGAAAGCUCCUCCUUCCGAAUACGAGAAAAUCGCUUUUCAGUAUGGUAUCACAGACUUGCGUGGGAUGCUGAAACGCCUCAAACGCAUAAAGAAGGAAGAGAAAAAAAGUACAGCAUUCCUCAAGAAACUGGAUCCAGCUUACCAAGUGGACAAAGGGCAAAAGAUUAAAUUAAUGGUCGAAGUUGCCAAUCCAGAUGCGGAUGUGAAAUGGCUGAAGAAUGGACAGGAGAUCCAAGUGAGCGGCAGCAAAUAUAUUUUUGAGGCUGUUGGGAAUAAGAGAAUAUUGACCAUAAACCACUGCUCUCUGGCCGACGAUGCAGCAUAUGAAUGUGUGGUAGGGGAGGAGAAGAGCUUCACAGAAUUAUUUGUAAAAGAACCUCCAAUCCUGAUCACUCACCCACUGGAGGACCAGAUGGUGAUGGUUGGAGAGAGAGUGGAGUUUGAGUGUGAAGUGUCUGAGGAAGGAGCUACUGUGAAAUGGGAAAAGGAUGGAAUUGAGCUGACACGGGAAGAAACAUUCAAGUACCGAUUCAAGAAAGAUGGAAAAAAACAGUAUCUAAUUAUUAAUGAGUCAACCAAGGAGGAUAGUGGACACUACACCGUGAAGACCAAUGGCGGGGUAUCAGUCGCUGAAUUGAUUGUACAAGAGAAAAAGCUGGAAGUUUAUCAGAGCAUUGCAGACCUGACAGUGAAGGCACGUGACCAGGCAGUCUUCAAGUGUGAAGUUUCCGAUGAAAAUGUGAAAGGAAUCUGGUUGAAAAAUGGAAAGGAGGUGGUCCCAGAUGAAAGGAUAAAGAUCUCCCAUAUUGGCAGAAUCCAUAAGCUAACUAUUGAGGAUGUAACACCAGGUGACGAGGCUGAUUAUUCCUUCAUCCCUCAGGGAUUUGCUUACAACCUUUCUGCCAAGCUUCAGUUUUUGGAGGUCAAGAUUGAUUUUGUACCAAGAGAAGAGCCUCCCAAAAUCCACCUUGACUGUCUGGGCCAAUCCCCUGACACUAUUGUCGUGGUGGCUGGGAACAAAUUGAGACUGGAUGUUCCCAUAUCAGGAGAUCCAACACCCACUGUCAUCUGGCAGAAAGUAAACAAGAAAAGCGACCUUGUUCGAAGCAAUGAUGAUUCCAUGACUCCCUCAGAAAACAGCAGUGAUUUAAAUACUGAUAGUAAGCUGCUGUUUGAAUCUGAAGGCAGAGUUCGUGUGGAGAUGCACGAAGACCACUGUGUCUUCAUCAUUGAAGGAGCAGAAAAGGAGGAUGAGGGAGUAUACAGAGUUAUAGUUAAGAAUCCAGUGGGAGAAGAUAAGGCUGAUAUCACAGUCAAAGUUAUUGAUGUUCCUGACCCUCCAGAAGCUCCCAAGAUCAGCAACAUUGGAGAAGAUUACUGUACUGUGCAGUGGCAACCUCCUAAAUACGAUGGUGGGCAACCAGUACUUGGCUAUAUCUUAGAGAGAAAGAAGAAGAAAAGCUAUCGAUGGAUGCGACUGAACUUUGACCUUUUAAAAGACCUAACCUAUGAAGCCAAGCGAAUGAUUGAAGGAGUAGUUUAUGAGAUGCGGAUUUAUGCUGUGAAUUCUAUUGGCAUGUCCCGUCCAAGCCCUGCCUCGCAACCCUUCAUGCCAAUUGCUCCUCCAAGUGAACCAACCCACUUUACAGUGGAAGAUGUUUCUGACAGCACUGUUGCCUUGAAGUGGAGACCCCCUGAGCGGAUUGGAGCUGGGGGAUUAGAUGGUUAUAUUGUGGAAUACCGCAAAGAUGGAUCUACAGAAUGGAUUCCAGCCCUUCCUGGUCUCACUGAGCGCACAUCUGCACUAAUUAAAGACUUGGUCACAGGGGACAAACUUCAUUUCCGUAUAAAGGCUAUAAACUUGGCUGGUGAGAGUGGAGCAGCAAUAAUCAAAGAGCCUGUCACUGUUCAAGAGAUCCUGCAGCGUCCCAAAAUCUGGUUGCCACGUCAUCUCAGACAGACCCUAGUGAAGAAAGUGGGCGAGACAAUCAAUAUUGUGAUCCCUUUUCAGGGUAAACCAAGACCCAAAAUCGUUUGGAUGAAGGAUGGUCAAACUCUAGAUUCCAAAGAUGUGGGAAUUCGGAACAGCAACACAGACACAAUCCUUUUCAUCAGAAAGGCAGAGCUUCAUCACUCAGGAGCAUAUGAAGUCACUCUUCAGAUAGAAAACAUGACUGAUAAAGUUGCAAUAACAAUGCAAAUCAUAGACAAGCCUGGUCCUCCUCAAAAUAUAAAGCUUGUAGAUGUUUGGGGAUUUAAUGCAGCCCUGGAGUGGACACCUCCACAAGAUGAUGGCAAUGCACAGAUCUUGGGCUACACAGUCCAGAAAGCUGACAAAAAGACAAUGGAAUGGUAUACUGUUUUUGAUCACUAUCGUCGCACAAACUGCAUAGUCUCAGACCUGAUUAUGGGAAAUGAGUAUUUUUUCCGAAUCUUCAGUGAAAAUUUGUGCGGAUUGAGUGAAACUGCUGCAACCACCAAAAAACCAGCCUAUAUCCAAAAAACAGGCACCACUUACAAGCCACCUAGUUACAAAGAACAUGACUUCUCUGAACCUCCUAAAUUCACUCAUCCUUUAGCAAACCGUUCUGUGAUUGCAGGAUACAACACCACACUCAGCUGUGCUGUAAGAGGAAUCCCCAAGCCAAAGAUAUUCUGGUACAAAAACAAGAUGGAUCUCUCUGGGGAUGCCAAAUACCGCAUGUUCAGUAAACAAGGUGUGUUGACCCUGGAGAUCCGGAAACCCACUCCAUUUGAUGGCGGCUGUUAUACCUGUAAAGCCGUUAAUGAGUGUGGUGAAGCUGAAAUAGAGUGCAGACUGGACGUCAGAGCUCCUCAGUAAAACUCUGAAUCUCAGUUCAUCUGCAAGUCAAGGUAUGAAUCAAAAUAAUUCAGCUGGAUAACGGAGCAAUGGCUGUUUGAUUAGAUAUAAGAUUAAACAGUCAUUAGAUAUUCACAUUAGAGACUAUGGAAUUUUUAGAAUGCUGGUGGGGGGCGUGUGCUUGUUUUUAUUUCCUAUUUGUUUUUUCAAUAAUCAUAUUAAGAUCACAUUUCUGCAAGGUAAUGGAUUUGGUUUAUUUUAAAGUCAGGAUUUCAUGGGUCUCAACCUUUAAUAUGCUGUGCCACUGUAAAAAUCUGUAAGAAUAACAGAUUAGUUAGUUGACUUUUUUCCUUAACUCACUACAAGCACUCUCUCUAGGAGACUGUUAUUUCUUAAUAUAGAGCUAACUAGCAUCAAUAAUCUGUGUGCAUUACUUUAACCAAGCCAGGAGAGUUAAAAUUACAAUGCAUUUAGAAGUGUAAUGUACAUUUUAGACUUAAAAAAAUGCAAUAGCUAUAAUAAACAAUCAUGUAAUAUAUUUGACAAUAAAUCCUCCCAUUCUCUGUCUCAGCAUUGGAAUUGAAUUUGAAAAGAAGAAAAUUGAAGAAAUUAAUGAAGGAUAAUUUCAAUUACAUUUAGGGGUCCUACUCACCUUAUGAGUCAUUUAAUAUAUGUGUACUAGGAAGCAGCAGUGUCUCGUAGUGUCCUGCUUACUCAGCAUACUUUCAGACAAUAUUUCCUCUUUUCAUACAUCUGUUUUAGUUACAUUGGCCUCAUCUCCAUGUGAAGAAAUUCAGGGAAAUAAAGAUAAAAAUUUCCCCCCAUUACAUAAAUAAGUUAUGUCUGAAAAAACCCAAGUAUUGCAAUUACAUGCAAUCCCAGUCCAUUCCUAAUGUCUGAAAUGAAUAUGAAUUCCCCACUUCUACAGUUCUCUCCAUUUGCUCUUCUUAGCAUUCUGACAUUGUUCAUAAGAAACAAGUAGCUCAGAAUAAUGAAACACUAACAAGUAUUUGUAAUAUUUAAUCAACUUUCAUUAUCCGAAUCUCUGUACAAUAGAAAGUAACUUUCAUUCCUACUGCUUUUACUGUCAGGGCUUGGCUUGAAAGAUCCACUUCUGUGCUCUUGAGCAGAUCUUUGCAGAACCACAUCCAAAACACACCACUUGGGACCCUCUGGCUAAAGCUACUUUCCUGCUUUAGAGAGAAAAUAGUUACUUUGAUAAUUACUCACUACUGGUGUUCUAGCUUUUUAAAAGACACCAGCACAGAAUUCCAGUUAUUAGAUGUUUCUGCAACCAAUCAUAGACAUCAUACUAAUCUACAGAGAUAAUUUUGUACAUCAGACAUCAGUGAAAGAUGUAGCAAGGAAGAUUAUUUACAUGUAAAUAAAAAAUUUCAAAACACAAAGCUUUUGAUGAAUGCAAUAAACUUACUGUCAUCAAAUAUCACUGAAGGCUUUUCAAAGUCUAUGAAUGGUGUGCAUGUAUUUUUGCAGAUAAUUUUGUCUAAUCAAAUGACACUGGAGCAUUUCUGGCUUCUCACCUACUAGUUUGAAUAGUAUUUGGGGUGGGGGUUUUUAGACCUGCAAUAGCCGUUAGUAGUUUCUGGCUGGAAAGUACUUUUUCAUGAUCACAGUACAAGAAAAGGUGGGAAGAUUAGAUUAAUCCAGGAAGCAUUGCCUUUUGGAAGAAUAGACACAAUGGAACUAAAGUAACACUACUCCCCUGCAUUCAAAAUGCCAGUUGAGAUGGGAAAGUAUGUCUGAGACAGUAUGUUAGUUGCACUAAAUGAGCAAAUAUGUCUUCAUAAUAGAAACACUGAUGAUAAUGAAAUGUGUAUUUUGAUUAUUUUAAGAAUAAAAGAAGGGUACUCCUCUAAAACCAAAGUCAACUUAAGCAAGGUUAACAUUUGUCUGUUGCACAUUGUUAUUAUUCAACAAAUAAAUAAAAAAAGAUGGAAAAUAUGCAAACAA